GUCUGAGCUCGAACGCUUCUUCUUGCUUGGUUAUGCAAAUGUGCGUGUGUUGGUACCGUAUUUGUUAUUUAGUGUUCCCUGUUCAGUGUGUGUUCAAUGACAUUGUCAGAUUGUAGAUAUGACGGUUAGAACGGAAUGAAUUGAUUACAGUAUGAUAUGUUGAUAAGGUUGAUACAACUCUGAUGAAAUGUGAUAACUUAAAUCUGAUAGCUAGUUCAUUUAUUCAACAAUAGAUUUUAACUCAAGCUUAUCCUUUUAUCCAAAAAAGUGAAUUUGUUCCAUUCCAAUUGUUACUUUUUCAUUAACCUGUAAGUUAUACCGUAAAAAAAUGUCUGAAAGUAACAAAAAAGCAACUAUUCCAAAUUAUAUGAGAUUCAUCAUGGGUGGCUCGGCAGGAAUGGGAGCGACUCUCUUUGUGCAGCCAUUGGAUCUUUUGAAAAACAGGAUGCAGCUGAGUGGGAUGGGGGCUGAUGCGAAGGUCAAGAAAACCAGCUUCCAGAUGUUCGGAGAAAUUCUGAAAAGUGAAGGCAUGACAGGCAUGUAUUCUGGCCUAUCGGCCGGUCUCAUGAGACAAGCCACCUACACCACUACAAGACUUGGCGUUUAUACUUGGCUGUUUAGUAGGUUUAGUGGGGAGGACAGCCCGCCAGGCUUCCUGAUGAAGGCGGGGCUAGGAAUGACGGCAGGCAUGUGCGGCGCAUUCGUAGGCACCCCGGCCGAGGUGGCCCUGAUCCGCAUGACGGCCGACGGCCGAUUACCGGCCGAGCAGCAGCGGAACUACACGAGCGUGUUCAACGCACUGAUCCGCAUCACGCGCGAGGAAGGCCUCCUGGCACUGUGGCGAGGCGCCAUCCCCACCAUGGGCCGCGCCAUGGUCGUCAACGCCGCUCAGCUCGCAUCCUACUCGCAGGCCAAGGAGAUCCUGCUCAACACCGGCUACUUCCACGACGGACUCUUCCUCUUCUUCAACGCCAGCAUGAUUUCCGGCCUCAUCACCACCAUAUCGUCCAUGCCCGUCGAUAUCGCCAAGACUAGAAUACAAAACAUGAAGAUCACCGAUGGCAAACCAGAGUUCAAAGGAGCCUUGGACGUGCUUGGCAAAGUAGUGGAGCGAGAGGGAUUCUUCGCUCUGUGGAAAGGCUUCACGCCCUAUUAUUGCAGAAUCGGUCCACACACUGUUCUCACAUUCAUAUUUCUCGAACAGCUGAACAGCGCUUACUACAAAUAUAUACUGAAGGUCGAUCCAAAAGCCACUUAAUAUUGUCUUAACAGUAUUUGCUAAUGUUCAAUGGAAUAAUCUGAAGCUUCAGGGAACAAACAUAGGGUUAGUAUUUUUAUAUUUAGCAGGAUAAUACUCUAUACAGCAUAGUCAAGAAUUUCUGUUCAUGUCUCAAAAUUUUAUAUAUUUUUUCUGAAUAGUUAGUACUGUGGUAAUGCUAUAUUAUCAUACUGUAGAAAUAUUUCUUAUUCCUUUUUGUUUGUAGCCAAGAAGUUACAUCGCGUACGGUAUGUUGAUAAACUUAUUUUUCUACGAAAUUAUUGCUCCCUUGCAGAUCUUACAUUGAAUUUAUUCUCAUACCUUGAUCUAUUAAAUGUUAGCUUGUACUUCCGUGAUAGAUCCAAAUGGUUUCACAUGUUGACUACUCACGUUAUCAAUGAAAUUUAUUCAUACUUACGUACAAUUUAUAUUGCUCUCAAAACCUAAACCACAAUCAUCUCUAGUAGACGGGCAUAAGCUAGUUUCUGUCCAUAAACUCGCACAUGAUUACCAAAACAUUUUUUUUUUAAUUUAUUCACUUAUAAGGCUUUCUACAAGGCUUGUAGAUGAUCACUUGGUGACAGUUUAGUAUUAUCUAUUAAGGAAUGUUUUUUACAUAAAUAUAGUAGUUUUAUAGUGGUAUUGUUUGGAAAUGUUAUAGACUACAAUGGGCAGUUAUGGGUUUAUUGGACAGAAUUAAAAACUUUUAUGGUGCUUCAAGCAUAUUAACAUUAAUUUACAAAAAAUCGUGGAGAAUAUAUCAAUUAUUUAGUGCAUCUUUACACUUUUUAUCAUGUAUCAAUAUAUUCUAUCAUGUAUACUUUCUCAUAUUGAAGUAGAAUUUUUUAUUUGCUACUAUUUUAAUAUUUCAAUUUAGAAACAACGUGUUCUCUCUUUAUACCAACUACGAACAGCAAUCUAGUGCCAAUUUGAAGACUAAUAGAAAGCUUUCUUAUUUCUUUGUAGUAGUGAAGGUUUCUUAUUGUAAAGGUUAUCCAAAAUGUAAUUGUUACAACACCUUAUUUAAUUUAUUGUUUCCCCGUAAAGAGAAAAUAACUCCCUUGGUUGCACUCUCGACAAGACUAAUAUAAUUGAGUUUAACAUCCGAAGCUAUUUGUUUGUUAUUCUAUCAAAUAAGUGAUAAUUUCAAGUCGUUAUAUUCAAUGCAUAUAGGAGGUAGUCAGAAUAUAACGGUAAUUUAUUAACCAUUUGUUAAAUGUAUCUUAGUCUUGAUAUCACAAAAAUAAUUUCUCCUUAAGACAUUUCCUCAAUUCUAUUUGAAUGAAACAAAUUCAUUUGUACUAAUAUUGCACUUAUAUAUUGAAUAGUUUGAGAGCAACCGUAGGAUUUGUCCUCAUAAGAGGACAAAACAAAAGGUCAAGUCAAGAGUAAAGAAUCCUCUUUUUCUAUUUGUCAUCUGAAGAGUAAAGGUCUUCUUGAAAUCAAGAGGACAAUAAUUAGUCCUCACAAAGUAUAUCCUUCUGGUUUUAUACAGUUUAUAACCUAAUGCUAAACUUUUGACUUUCUAAUUUUUGUUUAAAAAUAAUCCUGGUCUACAUGAAAACUUUUCUAGAGUAGCCUAAUUAAUUUUAUUCAUUUUGAAAGUACUUAUUCAAAAGACAGUCGGGGCAAUAUUUAUAUAAAGAUAUUCAGGGCAAUAUGAUCAUUCACAGCCUAGUUGAAAAAAAUCUUUGUAAAACAUCCACUUGAAUAUGGAUCAUAUGGAUAUGAUUAGGCAUUUUUAUCAUGAGAGGGUGUUUGGGUAUCUCUAUUUAUCAUUUACAGAUUACUCCUACAUGUAUUCUGAUUACUUGUACGUUUUUGAAAAUAUAUGUUUACGAAAAAUUAAUGACCCUUUUUACACACUUUUACAAUUUAAAAAUUAUUGAAUUUAAUUACAUGCAUUGUAAUAACUGUUCAAUAGUUGUAAGCUAUUGAACGCCCAACAAUUAAUUCUUGUUAAAGAAGUUAACAACAAUAUUUCAUUGUUAUAUUUAUACUGGAAAUAUUCUUAUACAUUUUUUUGAAGAAAAUGUUACUAGCGUCUUGUAUGAUAAAGCUUAAUAGUGUACUGUAGAAUUAUGUUAUAAAUUUGAUCGGAUGGUUAUUUAUAAAUCAAUCCUAAGACUGCAAUAAUAGUACAUAAUAUAAAUAUAUUGGUACUAUUUUUGGUUGUUGCGUUCUAUUCCCUUUUAUUAUUGCGUUCAAUAACUGUAUUUCAUUUCUUUAUUUUUCAAUCAAAUUUGGUUGUUACCAUUAGAAGUAUGGAAUUAAAUUUUAUUUGAGUUAAUUUGUUAUAUGUAUUGCUGUUGAAAUUUGACUGUUAAUUUCACAUUAAUAGAAUUUUAUAUUAUAUGAUGGUUAAUGAAAAUGUUAUUAUUGAACAUUAUAAAUCGUUCAAGGAUGAGGAUUCUUAGUGCAAUCUAUAUUUUUGUUACUUGUAUUGUUGGAAUUGUCAAUAAAUUUAAUUUUUAUGAGA